AUGGCUCGCAUCAUUAUUAAGCGCAAGUCUCAGCCUUCUUCCCCUGUCCAACUCCCUACAUCCUCAUCUCCAACCGUCUCUGCUCCCUCUUCUCCCGAGAGCGUCAAAAAGCACCCCCAAAUCAAGUUACGUCUAUACCGCGGUUCCAAGGAAUGUCCCGUCUGUAAAGCAACUAUCGUCAAUCGUAAGGGCGCCAUGGAGCGUCACGUUGAGAGACAUGCCAAACUGGCCGAAAUCGAGGCCAUAAACGACGCCGUGGAACCCAACCGCAACGGCAUGUCCGAAUCCGAAAUUGCUGAUGCCGUCGACUUGUGGCAAUCCCUUCCCGCCAAGCUCCGUGCUACUGGCGGUGUCUUUGAAGAUGGACCUCUUGCCAAUAAGGGCGAGGUCGACGGAAUGCCCAAGGUCUUUAUGACCAAUGGCCGUCUCAAGAAGAAGUACCUGUGGAUCAGAAAGAACCAGGAGGGUCGGGUUGGGCGAAGGCCUUUGAAGGCAUUGAAGAGCGGCAACUCUGGUGCCCGUCCUAACAAGGAUUGA